AUGAUUGAAGCAGGCUUCUCCGAGGAUAUUCCGUACGAUAAGAAAGAGUCAUAUGCUGAUUUGGUAACAGAAGUUGAUAAGGCAGUUGAAAGAUAUAUUUGCAAAGAAAUUCUUACUGCGUUCCCCAACCACAAAAUAAUUGCAGAAGAGGCCUACACUGGUAAUGCUGAACUUACAUGUUCACCCACGUGGAUAAUUGAUCCAAUUGAUGGAACAUCUAAUUUCGUUAGCAGGUUUCCAUUUGUCUGUGUUUCUAUUGCCUACUAUGUUGACAAGGAGCCCGAGAUUGCUGUCGUUUACAAUCCAGUAUUAAAAUGGUUUUUCCGCGGGAUUCGAAGUCAAGGAGCAUUCUUUAAUGAUAAACGGAUCUACACAUCCAAACUAAAAGAUUUAUCUCAGGCCUUGGUUUUAACUGACUGGGGAGGCGACCGAAAUCCGGAAGUUUUAGAUAUUAAAUCAAAUAAUAUUCGUCAAAUAGUAUCAAAAGCCCGUGGGGUACGUACAAUGGGUUCAGCAGCUUUGCACAUGUGUCAGAUCGCUGCUGGCAGCGGUGAUGUAUUUUUCGAAUUUGGAAUCCAUUGUUGGGAUUAUGCUGCAGCCAUACUAAUAGUUCGUGAAGCAGGAGGUUAUUGUUGUAACUUUGAUGGUAAACCUGUUGAUCUAAUGGCAAGAAAUGUAAUUUGCGCUGGUACACCAGAGCUGGCCAAUGCUCUUAUCCCCCUUAUUCGACCAAUCAACUAUACUAGGGAUUAA